AUGGCCAAAUCCCCGGUGGUAGACAGGGCUGGUAAAACGCGACUGCGUGAAUCGCUUGAGCGGGCAAAAAGGGGCCAAGGCCCCAGCAUUGGGCAAUGGCUUGAAUUUCCCGGCUACUCACUUGCCAAGACGGUGGCACCAUUGGGGGAAGAUUGGGUUCUGAUCGACACCGAACAUGGAAACAUCACAGACAACGAGAUGGCUCUUCAGGUCGCAGCUGUUGCGUCGUCUGGAGCCUCACCUAUCGUACGUACAGUAGGAUCAGAGCCCUGGAUGAUAAAACGAGUGCUUGACUGUGGGGCUCAUGCCAUCAUGGUGCCAAUGUGUGAGACCAAGGAGCAAGCCGAAUCGAUUGUACAGUGCUGCAAGUACCUGUCCCCCCGCUGGCCUCAAGGAAACCGACCCGCCGGAGCCAUGUUUGCCCCCCCUGCCUUCUCCCAAAACGACCGAGAAUACCUUUUGACUGCGAAUGAAAACGUCAUGGUAUGCGUCCAGAUUGAGAGCCGGAAAGGUGUGGAGAACGUGGAGCGGAUUGCUGCGGUGGAGGGCAUCGACAUGAUUUUUGUCGGGCCCAACGACCUUGCGGCAUCAAUGGGACAUGUAGCCUUCGACCACGAAUCUAUCCCGGAGGUGCAGGAAGCCAUUGCACAUGUACUCAAGGUCGGUUUAGCAGCAGAUAAGUUUGUUGGUCAUUUUGCAGUCAAUGCCGAGGCAGCGGCCAAGAGGAUUCACCAAGGCUUCCAUUUCGUAAACUGCGGUGCAGAUAUUGUAGCUCUUACAGCGUGGAUGACUGGCGAGAUGGGCAAGCUCAAGCAUUUGGUUGGCAUUGAUUCCUGA